AUGAAGUGUCUGCUGCUUCUCGCCUUUAUUGGGGUGGCUGUUGCCUUCCCCACCUUUGCUGAAGAUGAUGAUGACAAGAUUGUGGGAGGCUACACCUGUGCAAAGAACUCUGUGCCCUAUCAGGUGUCCCUGAAUUCUGGAUAUCACUUCUGUGGAGGUUCCCUCAUCAGCAGCCAGUGGGUCCUGUCAGCUGCUCACUGCUACAAAUCUCGCAUCCAAGUGCAGCUCGGGAAAUCUAACCUGGAGGCCACCGAAUCCACGCAGCAGUUUAUCAACUCUGCUAAAGUCAUCCGCCACUCUGGCUACAGCCCCUACACCCUGGACAAUGACAUCAUGCUCAUCAAGCUGGCCACCCCAGCCACGCUCAACAAAGCUGUCCAAACCAUUGCUCUGCCUACCAGCUGCGUGGCCACCGGCACCACCUGCCUGAUCUCUGGCUGGGGCAACACUCUCAGCAGUGGCAUCAACUACCCGGACGAAUUGCAGUGCCUGAAGGCUCCGGUCCUCUCUGCUGCCGACUGCUCUGAUGCCUACCCUGGGCAAAUUACCAAGAACAUGAUGUGUGUAGGAUUCCUGGAGGGAGGAAAAGACUCCUGCCAGGGAGAUUCCGGCGGUCCUGUGGUCUGCAAUGGAGAGCUCCAGGGCAUUGUCUCCUGGGGUAUUGGAUGUGCCCAGCAGGGCUAUCCCGGAGUUUACACCAAGGUUUGCAACUACGUCUCCUGGAUCCAGUCCACCAUUGCCUCCAACUGAGAUGCUUGUUUGGUGGGACAUGUAUUUUCUCAUCAUCAUUUCUAUUCUUUUGUGUCUGGACAAGCAAAAAUUAUGAGAAAUUAAUAAAGACUUUCAGGCACCCCUA